AUGGCUGCCUUCGCCACUCUGCCAGCUGACUUCCAAGCAGGGUUCGUGAUCGUCGACAGAAACAACUGUCUGGAUGAGGUCCAGUUGGGUGUGCCAUUGGAUGAUGUGCUAGAUGUUCCACAGCUGCCAGUCCUCCUUGAUGUCCAGAAUGCUACUAUCAUCCUUGAGGAUGUGCCAGAUGUGCAGACUAUCCUUGAGGAGGCCACUGGCAAUUGGCAGUUGAUUCUGAUUAGGUUCAGCCCCCUGUACUGUGAGCCUGUUGUGAUCAGGAACAAUGCCGGUCCGGUGGUUAAAGCUUGGAGAACUUUCCAGUUCAUCAGCCCCAUCAUCACCUACAUGCGUGGGGGAUCCCAGCAGGUGGUGGUGAGGAUGCACCACUUGAGUAGGGUGAGAGGCCAGGAGACUCAACUGGUGUGGGCCAUCUCCAAGGAGACAGCCAGGCUUAGUCCAGAGGGCAUCCCCUACUGUGCCACCAAAGUGCAGUCCAUCACUUGGAUCCAGCGUGUGGCUGGCAGGGUGACCCACUAUGCGUCUCACCUCCGCCACGAGACGUCUGUGGACGUGACGCUUGGCUGCAACCAGCAGACUGAUGUCUCAGUGGUGUACGCCACUCUCCACAUGGGCCUCUACCUUACCACCAAGAGAGUGGAGGACAUCGCCCUGAGGCUCGUCUCCCUGCGCCAGGCCUUCACUAGGAAGAUGUCUCACCCUAACUCUUCCCUCUUCCCUAGACCCUGCUUGGUUCCACCCUGA